GGAUCCUCAGAUCAGAAACUCCUCCACUCUUCACCGUCGCAGGAGACAGAGAGCAACAUGCACCGAGCAGCUGCAGCUGCCGCCGGGGCCGGUGUCGGUUCUUCCACCUCUCGGGGGAUUUACAAGCACGAGCGGACGGGGGCUCCCGGCGGAUCCGAGGCGCGGGCGGCGUUGAUCUGGUAAAGUUUUCGCGUCUGAUGACGGUGCUGCGGCGGAGCGGACGAGCCCGCGCAUCCGCCGCCGCCGCCGGCCUCCGCCGCGCUCCGUGACGCGCCGGGAAGAACCGGGCAACUUGGCACCAGAAAAGGACCAGCUGCGUAACAUCUGCCGGCUCUGGAUCCGCCGCCCACGGCUGCUGUGCGCCGUUCAGCCCGCGCAUGGACGCGGCGUCGUGAGGAGGCGCCAGCCUGCGGAUCGUCGCGCUUCGGACCUUGGCUCGUGAGCGGAUCGGGUCUCACUCAUGCAGCUGCCGCGCGUGGCCUGGGCUCUGACUGCCGCCGCGGGCUGCUUCCUGCUGCUCGUGCUGCUCCACGGCCACAUCCUGAGAGAAGGUCAGCUGGCGGCCGGCACCUGUGAGAUCGUCACUCUGGACCGGGACAGCAGCCAGCCCAGGAGAACCAUCGCCCGGCAGACGGCCCGCUGCGCCUGCAGGAAGGGCCAGAUCGCCGGCACCACGCGAGCCCGGCCGGCCUGCGUCGACGUUCGUAUCGUCCGCAGUCGGCAGUGGUGUGAGAUGACUCCGUGCCUGGACCAUGAAGGCUGUAACCUCAUGGUCAAUCAUUCGGGCUGGACCUGCACGCAGCCCGGAGGCCGGGUCAAGACCACCACGGUCUCCUGACGGCGGCGAGCAGGGCAGACUGUCCCCAGAGGAGCCCGGGUUCCCAUCAUGCAUCGCUCAGCGAGGCAUCGGAGCAUCGGAGCCGCGGGCGCCGCCGCCGCUUCCUGUGCGGCUGAACUGAGAGCAGCGGGAAGUGGACUCUGGAGACGUAACAGCCACAAUGCGCUGGAGCUCUUGUUUGGCACAGACCAAAGACAAGCGGAGCCAGAGAGGAGACGCUUUUAGGGGUCGUGGCCCCGAAACAGCAUCUGUGUAAAGAAACAAACACAUCGAUAUAAUAUAAGCGAGUGACGUGAGAGACGUGACCCUGUGCAGACGUUGAGGCUGCUGACGUUUGUUGUGGGACCCAGCGGUGGUUUGAGCUCAGCACCGCUCUGGUGGAGAAGAACCGCACUGGACUUGUUUCUGACAAACAAACGGCGGUUUGGGAAAUCCCAAUGAGCAACCAAACACGUUUACCAGGUGAAUGUACUUUUUACUGUUUACUGUUCCCACAGCUCCACACACGCAGAUUAAACAUAGUCACUGCUAAAUAAAGGGGUUUUGCUGA